UUUGCGUACAUACUCAGUCAUUCUUCGUCUCUUUGCUGGAAAUGAUGGCUGCAUUGCUCUCGUUUUCUGUUUUCUCUUUGGUGUUCUGCCAUGUGUGUUCGGCCCAGCUCCUGGAGGAAAUUUGUGAAGGACAUGCAGAAUUUGGACCAAAGAUAGUCAAUGGCACUGACGCCCGACCAUUUGAUACUGCUUGGAUGGCAAGCUUAUAUAAUAUAAGUAAUAAUAAUAACGAGUUUUUUUGCGGUGGGUCCCUGAUUCACAAAUACUUCGUCAUAACAGCAGCCCACUGCUUAGAAGGGCAGGAAAAAAUACUCGUACGCAUGGGAGAAAGUGACAGAUCGUGUCCUGCUUCAAGGUGCCAGGGCUUAAAAGAGUACGAUGUGAUCGAGACUAUACCCCAUCCCCAUUUUAGCCCAAAUAGUUUUGAACAUGACAUAGCUCUUCUGCGACUGGCCACUGAAGUUUCGUUUAAUGAACACAUCCGGCCGAUUUGUUUUAUUUUGGAUGACGCUAUUAGAGCCGAACGGAUCCGAAGGUUCAGGGCCUUCGGUUGGGGAAGAACAAUGAACAACAAUAGUGUUCCAAGCGAUAAACUUCAGACCAUCGUUUUGACCCGGCGGAACUACAAAAAUUGCACUGAAGGUUUUGUUAUCAACGAUUGGCAAAUCUGCGCCGGAAAUAUUUUUGGUGACACUUGCAAUGGCGACUCCGGCGGCCCGCUUGCCGCCGAUUUUACCUAUAAGGGAAAAACCAGCUUCUUUCUUUUUGGGAUCGUGAGCGCUGGUAGCAAGCAUUGUAAUUCCAAUGGUGUCUAUACAAAUGCCAUGAGCUACAAGGGUUGGAUAGUUCGAACCGUGGCCAUACACGACUACCGCAUCUUUAGAAUCCUGUAUUUGGAUCGACCAUUGUACAUAUAACUCAAUAAACGUUUAAAGAA